GAUAUAAAUCUAACUGAUGAUAAAUGGCAAGCAAUAGAUAAAUUAGUAAUUAUUUUGAAGGAUUUUGCUAGAGUAACUGAAUACCUAGGUGGAAGCGAUUAUACAACAAUUAGUUUGAUGUAUAGUUUGUUAGCAAUAAUCAGCAAAAAAAUAAUACCUAAGAACUCUGAUAUGGAAGUUAUAGAUCUGACUAGUCUAAAUACUACCUUUGAUGAUGAUAUUGGUUAUGAAGAUGCUCUGGAGGAUGAACCUAUUACUCAACAACCUAAACGUAGAAAAAUUAAUAUUAAUGUUUCACAAAAUUGUCUUAAUCUUGAAAAAUGUGUUAAAAUGGCAUUGUAUCAAUCUAUUAAUUACUAUUGGAAAGUUUUACAAGAGCAAGGAAUAUUGGCUACAUUAUUAGAUUCACGAUUCAAAGAUUUAGAAUUUGUCUCUGAAAUGUUACGUAUGAGAACUCAUGAACAAUUAAAAGAUGCUUAUCAAGAUAUAAAAGACUUAACUAAUGAAGAUUAA